AUGGAGAUCCAGAUCAGCACGAAGAGCAUGAAGAUAAGGCAAUAUUUGAUUGUUGUAUUUAAAAUCCUUAUUGUUCUCGUCUUCCUCGCCUUGAACUUGGACUUGAGCUUCUCUUAUUUCGCCUGGUGGCACUCGUCCUCGUUUAGUCCUCUCAUCGAGCCCGUAGGGUUGGAGAGACUCAAGGUUUUAUAUCCUCGAAUGGUGCUUGAUGAGAGGCAAGACUACGGGGUGUUAGAGAAUCUCGUACCUGCUUCGAAUCUCAACGCAAAGAGCGAGGAUGACAUCACCUGCGUCACUCACUCUUCCAUCGAUCAUCUGCACCGCGUCGUCCCACUCGUUCAGGCCUGGCAGGGACUGGUUUCCCUGGCGGUGUUCGUGUCCACCCAAGCCAACAUGAACAUCACCUUGAAGGUGAUAGCAUGUCUCAGAGAGGAACACCCACAAGUAUCCCAGAACGUCACCUUUCAUCUCGUAUUCCCCGUUCGACAAAUGGCGAAUAAUUCGGAUAUUCGGAUCGAUGACAAGUUAUCCUGUCAGGUCCUCCUGGAGACAGUGUCCAGGAUGGAGGACAGGGAGAAUAAUUUUAAUCGCCCAGAUGUGGAUUAUCCCCACAAUCUGCUGAGAAACGUGGGUCGGAGAGCGGCUAGAACGGAGUUCGUGUUCGUAAUUGACGUAGAUUUGAUCCCCUGUCCCGGCAUGAGGGGGAAAUUCGUCCAAUUUGCUCAAAGAGAACGCCUCUUCUCCCGCGAGAUGGCCAAACAUAAGAUCGCCUAUGUCGUGCCGGUCUUUGAGGCGGUGUCGGGGUUGCCGAACACUCGAAACAAAUCAGAGCUACUCAGGCUCUGGGAUGAAGGGAAGAUCCGACCAUUUUACAGCAACACGCGCAGCAUUGUCGUACAGUUCAAUACAGAUUUUCAGAGGUGGAGGAAAUUAACUAAGAAGGAGGAGAUCUCAGUGGGAUAUGAGAUACCAUGGAAACCCGCAUACGAACCUUACCUGAUCACCAGAAACUCUGCCCCCUUCUUCGAUGAGAGGUUUCGGCAAUUUGGAUGGGAUCGAGCCAGUCAUUUGGAACGUGCACCGAACGCCACUGAGACUGCCUUCUGCCUCUGCUCAGCUGGAGCAAAGGGAAUGAAUGCACCUGGCCUGGAGCACAGGGAUGGGAUGCACCUGGCCAGGGGCACAGGAAGGGUUCGUGGAAUUUACGAGACGGGAGACUCGGAGGCGACGACAGAAGACCCACCUUGCACGUGCUGCCAUCCUUGCAUCCAUCUCCCUCGAUUGAGGCCAAGCCUCGGAUGCAUUCCGAGGACUGUAUCUCGCCGGUUCGUCGAGAUGGCGUCCGCGAAGCUGAGCCUCCAGCUGAUGAUAGCCUUCGGCUUCGGCCACGUGCUCAACGACCUCUGCGCCGCCAUGUGGUUCACCUACCUCCUCCCCUUCCUUCACUUCGUACCGGGGUCGGAGGAGAAGGAGGCGGGGCUGCUGACGCUCGUCGGGCAGGUGGCAGAUGCCCUGGCCACUCCCGUUCCGGGUCUUCCGGUCGAUUCCCUAGGUCCUUCUGGAAGGCCUGAAACUGCGGACGGAGGAAGACGUGGCACCUCUUCGCUUGGAUGGGCCGUCGUCCAAAUCUCGCAUUUGUCCCUCAUCCCUCUUCUCACGAGCUGCAAGGACCAACGCACCGAACUCAAUGCCAUCAGAUACGCGUUCACGUCGAACAUCGCCGUGCACGCCAUCUCGCGGAUCAUCCUGGGGAUGUCGACCGAGAGGAGGCUCAGCCGGAGAUCCGGACUUUUCUUCGGGGUAUACCUGCCCCCUGUACCUCAAGAGUACCUCAAGGUACCUCAAGAGACCCUGAUGCUCCCUGAUCUGAAGAUCCCUGACUCGAGAGAGCCUGGCAGUCGUCCCUCUCGCAAUGUUCUUCGCCGGGUUCUCCGCCUCGCUCGGCCUCGAGCGACUCAACGAGCGAUUCGGACAGAAGUGUCAAAGGCAUGGAAAUUCGAGAGGGAAAGACCUCACCUCUGGACGCAUCCGGAACAGGUCUCAUACGGCAUGGACGCAGGACUCGGACCGACCGGCUGCGCCUGGAUCCCCGGCGGCGGCGGCCGCUUCUACGAGACCCGAGAGAUCUACGGCGUGGCGAGCCUCCUCGGAGCGGCUGCCUCCAUCCUUCUGGUCACGUCGCUGUCCGUCGCGGCCGACCUCAUCGGGAGGGGCAAGGGGGGCAAGGGGGGCAGGGGGGGGCAGGGGGGAUUCGUGUAUGGGGCCAUGAGCUUCGUCGACAAGCUCGCCAGCGGGCGUCGCCAUCGGGGUCAUUCAGUACUUCAACCCGAGGCAGUUAGGGUCGCUGGGGCGACGGAGGAGGGGGAGAGGGGGGCGUCGGUGUACGCGAAGAACGUGUCGGUCGGGGGAUGCGGCGGGGCAGCCGUCCUGGGUCUCGUCGCUACCCUGUCUCUUCGCCGCUCGCUUCAUUUCGCUUGCUUCCUCCGUCCGAUCGAGCAGGUCGGCUGGCUUCCUCACGGGGCGAGUGCCAACGGAUUCGAAGAAAUUCUGGAUGCACUCGGCUCGCGUCUCUGGGGAUCUGGGGGAUGA